UGAAACGUGAUGGUUAUUAGUGCGUUACUCUAUAACUUGGGCGAGAUUAUUAUACAUUUCAAGAAAUCUAACCAUAAACUGAUCACUGCUUUUGAUACUUUCUCAAAGUUACACAACUAAGGCAAACCGUGACCAAACGGCUCGACGUCAUGGCCGGAUCACACGUCCUGAUUUUUUUCGUCAACGGACGGAAGAUUACAGUGAACAACCCUGACCCCGAGAUGACCUUGUUACAUUUCCUGCGGUACAAACUCCAUCUGACCGGCAGCAAGCUCGGCUGUGGGGAGGGAGGAUGUGGCGCGUGCACUGUCAUGUACUCACGCUAUGACUCCACAUUGGACAUCAUUAUACACUACGCCGUCAACGCCUGUCUGGCGCCCCUGUGCGCCCUGCACGGUAUCUCUGUCACCACCAUAGAAGGGAUUGGAAGCAUCAAGACUAAGCUUCACCCAGUACAGCGCAUGAUAGCAGAGAGCCACGGCUCACAGUGCGGCUUCUGUACCCCCGGGAUCAUCAUGUCCGUCUACGCCCUGCUCAGGAACAACCCCAAGCCCACAAAGAAGCAGUUGUACGACGCCCUGGACGGAAACUUGUGCCGGUGUACAGGAUACCGACCCAUCCUAGACGGUCUCUACCCGUUAACUAAGGAAUAUGCUGCUUGUCCAAUGGGAGAUAACUGCUGUAGGAAUGACGAUACAUCCAUUAGCAGCAGUUGUGGCACUUCAAACGAUGAUUGCAAUGGCUUUGGCUACAGUACUGGAUACAAUACAGAUGAAUAUUACGAUAAAAAUAAAAAACAAGAAUCACUGUAUGAUCCCACACAAGAACCAAUUUUUCCACCAGAGUUGAAGCUGAUGUCACCUAAACUAAUCGUGGAGUAUUUGAGAUUUGAAUCGGAUCGCUGCACAUGGCUGCGUCCUACAAAUCUGCAGCAGCUGCUAGAAAUUAAAAAAGAACAUCCUGAUUGCAUCCUUGUCACAGGCAACACAGAAAUAGGUAUAGAAAUAAAGUUCAAGCAGCGCAGAUGUGGUAUACUGGUCAGCCCUGCUUUUGUCAAAGAGUUGAGAGAGGUGACAAUUUUAGAGAAAGGCAUCAAGUUUGGUGCCUCUGUCACACUGACUGACUUGGAGAAACACCUGAGGAAAGUCGUGGAGACCCUGCCUGAAGAAAAAACUCGAGUGUUUGCUGGUUUUAUUGACAUGCUUGGAUACUUUGCUGGACGCCAGAUUAGGAAUGUUGCAAGUCUUGGAGGCAAUGUGAUUAAUGCCAGCCCCAUUUCAGAUUUGAACCCACUUCUGUUGGCCUGUAGGGCAGAGAUUGAAUUUGAUGCCUUAGAACAAGGAAGCCGGACGGUAAAGAUGGACACUGAUUUUUUCCGAGGUUAUAAAAAGACCAGGAUGAGGCCCCAUGAGAUUCUUGUGGCCAUUACACUGCCAUUUACAUCUGAGAACGAGUAUUUCUUUGGGUACAAGCAAGCCAGCAGAAGGGAAGACGACAUCUCCAUUGUGAAUGCUGGGAUGAGAGUGGACCUAGAUCACAAUGGGAAAAUAAUUAAAGACAUUCAGCUGGCAUUUGGUGGCAUGUCCGUCAAUACAGUCCUUGCUACAAAAACAAUGGAAGCGCUCAAAGGGAGAGUGUGGGAUGAGUCAGUGCUGGACACGGCAUGCUCUCAGGACAUGCUGCCUGCUGACCUGCCUCUUCCACCUGGUUCUCCAGGUGGGAUGGUGGCCUACAGAAGAGCCUUGACCUUGAGCUUCUUCUUCAAGUUUUACACCGCAGUCACCAAUAGGCUUCAACAGAAAGUGAUUAUGAAUCUAAUGAUGCCGGAGAAUGUCAGUGCAAGCGAACCCUUACACAGGGGGAUAAGCUAUGGCAGCCAGUUCUACGCUGUCAAACACCCAGACUCCAGUUUUGACACGGUGGGGAGACCACUGGUCCAUGUUGCUGCCCACAAACAGGUGACAGGGGAGGCUAUAUAUCUGGAUGACAUCCCCAUAGCCGAAGGUGAGCUGUUCCUGGGACUGGUGACCAGCAAGAAAGCUCAUGCACAUUUGCUGAAGGUUGACCUGACACCUGCCCUAUCCAUGCCAGGGGUAGUGGACGUGGUUGACUACCGCGAUGUUCCUCAAGAAAACAACUGGGAUGUCAAGGAGCAGGUCUUUGCCAAAGAUAAGGUAGUGCAUGAGGGCCAGAUUAUUGCUGCUGUGAUUGCCAAAUCCCAUGCUGAAGCCCAAAGGGCAGCCCACAGUGUAAUUGUUGAGUAUGAGGAUUUGGAGUCGGUGGUUACCAUCAAGCAAGCCAUAGACAAGAAUUUGAUCCACCCUACAACAUUCAAGCUAGAGACGGGUGAUGUGGAUGCAACUUUCUCUGCCUGUUCCCAUGUUGUUGAAGGAGACAUGCACGUAUCAGCGCAGGAACAUUUCUACCUGGAGCCUCAGGGGUGUGUGGUCUACCCGAAGGAUGUGGGGGAGAUUGAGGUGGUGGCCACCACACAAUCUCCCACACAGAUGCAGAAAUGUCUUAUCAAGGUCCUUGGCUUUUCAGCAAACCACAUCACAGUCAAAGUAAAAAGACUUGGUGGAGGUUUUGGUGGAAAAGAGACGAGAACAACAUCGGUUGUUUUACCUACAGCAGUUGCAGCUGUCAAAACCAACCUUCCAGUACGAUGUAUUUUAGAUCGAGAUGAAGACAUGUGUCUGACUGGUACUAGGCAUCCAGCAUACAUUAAAUAUAAGAUUGGCUUCAAUAACUCUGGGAAAAUUCUUGCACUGGAUGCUCAGCUGUAUCUUAACAUGGGGCACUCUGUUGAUCUGUCCACUGCUGUUUUAGAAACUGCUCUGCUUGCACUAGACAGCGCCUACAAGACACAGAACUUCAGGGCCAAGGGUUAUCUCUGCAUGACCAACCUAACAUCUUGUACAGCUUUCCGGGGUUUUGGGGCGCCGCAGGCUAUAAUCAUGGCAGAGAACUGGAUAAGUCAUGUAGCUGACACACUGGAGAUGCCAUCAGAGGAGGUGAGGGAGAAAAACUUUUACAAAAGUGGGGACUCUGUCCCCUGUGGUCAGGUUCUGAGUGGUUGCAAUUUAACAAGAUGUUGGCAGGAGUGUAUUAAAAACAGUGACUUUUACAACCGAAAAGAAAAAGUGGAGCAAUAUAAUAGGGAAAACCGGUGGAAAAAAAGAGGAAUAACCGUAACACCUCUGAAAUGUGGGCUUGCAUUUCUUCUUCAGUCAAUGAACCAGGGUGGAGCUCUGGUUCACAUCUACACUGAUGGGACAGUUCUUGUGGCCCAUGGUGGAAUUGAAAUGGGUCAAGGCUUGCACACAAAAAUGAUACAGGUAGUGAGCAAGGAACUGGACAUACCAGUGUCCUGCAUUCACAUAAACGAGACAUCCACAGCUACCAUACCUAACACAGGCCCAACAGCUGCCAGCAUGUCCUCUGAUCUCUAUGGAGCUGCUCUCAUUGAUGCAUGUAGACAGUUAAAAGAAAGAUUAGCCCCAUACAGGGCAGCUGAUCCUGAAAAGACAAUAAAGGAUUGGGCCCACAAUGCUCACCAAGACAGAGUGUGUUUAUCAGCUGUUGGAUAUUACAAACUUGAAGGCGUCUCUUUGGACUGGAACAAAAAGGUCAACAACCCUUUCAGUUAUUUCUGUUAUGGCGCCGCCUGUGCUGAGGUGGAGAUUGACUGUUUGACAGGUGACCACCAGGUGCUGAGGACUGACAUUAUCAUGGAUGUUGGUCAAAGUCUCAAUCCAGCCAUUGAUGUAGGUCAGAUUGAAGGGGCUUUCACACAGGGCUAUGGGCUGAUGAUGCUUGAGGAAUACAAGGUAUCACCAGCAGGUAUUCACCUGUCAAGAGGACCAGGUAACUACAAGAUCCCAUCCUUUGCCAACAUACCUCAAGUCAUGAACGUGUCACUGCUCAAAAACAGUAAAAAUCCAAGGGCAGUGUACUCAUCCAAAGGGAUUGGGGAGCCUCCACUUUGCCUGGCAACAUCAGUGCUGAUGGCCACAAAAGAAGCAAUCAAAGCUGCCAGAUUGGACUCAGGCCUUAAAGGCUAUUUUUGUUUGAACACACCAGCAACCCCAGAGAGGAUCAGGCUGGCUUGUCAGGAUAAGUUUGCUCAGAUGUUUACUGAGGAUGCUGAAAAGGAUGCAGAAAAACCCUGGACAGUUGUGUUAUAGACGUCUGAGAACUCUGGAGUUUUGAGUAUUGGCUUAGAGAUAUAGAACUGUUAAUAGUUUCUUGGACAGUUGUCUUGAACAUUGUAGUUUUAAAUACCAUUUUUAGACUUCCAGUAAAUAGAUAUUUAUUGUAUGUGAUAUUUUAGAAUCUCUGGUGUAUUUAUACUGGUGUAUUUAAUGACCUAAUGUUUAUAUUUUGUUUCGUACAUGUAAAAAAUUUCAAUAACUUAAAGCUGAUAUCUGCCCAAACGCUAAUUAAAUUAAUUACAGCUUGGGGGGUUAAAAUAGCAAGUAAAAAACUGUGCAUGUACAUUAAACAAUCUUUCAAAUUGUAUUUUAGACUUCUUUUGCACAUGCUAAACCUUCAUAAAGCUAUGUAAUUAAAAGAAAAAUAAAAUUAUAAUUUGUAAGGGUAAACAUCAAUUAAUCAAAACAAAUUUGUUUUUCAUUAGUGAUGUCUGUUAGAUAAAUUUUAUGCACAUUCAAUUUUUUUAUAACUUCCUGGAUGGAAUAUCUUAUUUAAGAAUACUGGGGAAGCAUUAUUCAAUUUCAAAGACAGUUUCUCCUUUCUUUUCACUGCAUUUACAAUAGUUAUUGUUUAAAAUGAUGUUGUAAAGUUACGGAAAAUGCUGAAAAUCCUGAUAAUAAACUGUUAUUUAUUUCCUUGUGAUAAUUAAGUGCAAUAAUAAUAAUCAAAAUAUAUCAGAGAGAGGUGAAAAUCUCAUUUGUAUUUCUCAUAUCAAAAUAUUUCUCAUGUUAAUAUUUUUAAUAUACCAAUAAUAUCUGGAAUUUAAUAUACAAUGUAAUUAAUUAUUUUAUACAAAAAUAAUGGAAUCUUAAAAUUACAUUUAUAUAUCUUAAUAGGUUAUCUUUCUGUAAAAGUGAAACUGUCUAAACUAUGCUAUUUUUUUUCUUUUUUAAACUGUGCCAGUGUAUGUUUUUCUAAACUAGUGUACCUUUCUAACCUUACUCAGCUUCUACAGUGUUUUGAAAUCUUCAAAUUUAUUUUUAAAUUUCAUUUUAAUAAUUUUCAUAUUUAUUACAAAAUUGCUGAAAAUUAAUUUCAUAAGUUGAAAACCAAUAAUUUUUGCAUUUUUAAUUUUACGUUUGCUUACCUUAUGCUGGGUUCUUAUUCUAGUCCUAUGCAAUACUGUAAUUUGUCUUCCAUGAAUUUUUUUUUCUCAUUUAUUACUGGACCACAAGACUAGAAUUAUUUUAAUGUUGUUGGUAAAAACAAAUUGGCUGUUUCCAAAAUAAAUAGCGCUUACAAAACUGAUAUCCAAGAUCAGAUGUUAUAAUUUUAUAUCUGGCUUACUUUUAUUGCUAAAAACUGGAGUUAUUUUAUUUUUGUAAUGUUUUAAGUGUGAAUUUUUUUUUUUAGAUCCUAUUUUACACCAAUGUAAAUUGUAUGCAUUUUGAGGCAAUUAUUUUAUGUUAUGUUCCCGUGUUGUUAACUUAUUUAGAAAAAAAAAUUUGCAAAUAGUUAAGAGGAACAAAUUUUGCAUCUAAUCAAAUUUCCAUAAUAGAUUUCAAAAACCUUUGGGAGGAAGAAAAAGUUUAGUACAGAUUCUUGAUCUACAUGUAUUUAAUUCACAGUCAAUAAAAUCAUAAAAGAUUUUGGUUCACAUUUCAUUAAAGAAAAGGUGGAUAUUUCUCCCAAAGAUACUGUUCAAUGUAUAUAUUUUCUAUAUAAAUUCCAUUUCGCUCGGGGGGAUGGGGUAGACUUUCUUCGAGAUCCCCGGAAGAGAUGCCUGGAAGAAACUGCUUAAACAUAUUAUCUCUUGAUGUUGGUACUCUUUUCAAUGACUAAUGUUAUGUUAUAUUUUUUUUUAAGUUCUUGUUACCUAAAAAUAGUUUUAUUAAUAUUAUUAUUAUUAAAACAAUAUAAGGUUGAAAAAUCACACGUAACUAUCAUUAUUAUAGGAUAAAUAUGUUAAUCAAAAGUAAGCACUUUUUAAAAAUAUGCUGUUAUAUCAGUACCCUUUAAACUUUUGGAUAUCAGUUUUUUAUUGUAAAAAUCUCUUUUUGACAUACAUAAAUGAAAGCUAUGAGUUAUUUUCUCUGUUUUGGAACAUGUUUUAUAUCGACUGCCUAAUUAAAACUGAAUAGAAUUAGAAGGUAAUGAAUGAACAUCUGUGAUCUGGUGUAAAUAAAAUCUAUUUAUGUUUUAGUGAUGACAAUUUUUAUUUUUGCAUGAAUAGUUUUAU